CUACUUCAGAGUCUCUCCCCAAUCGCUCCACUCUCUCUCCCCCACUCGCGAAAUCAUGCCGAGUGCAGCGAAACCCUUGACGACGGUGACCGCCGCUCUCCGCCGCCGGCUUUUCUCAUCCUCGUCCGGACCUAGCCGGUGGGCGACGCCGGGCCACGAGGAACGUCCUAAGGGCUACCUCUUGAACCGGACUCCGCCGCCGGCCGGCCAAUCUCGCAAGUGGGAGGACUGGGAGCUUCCGUGCUACAUCACCAGCUUCCUGACGAUCGUGAUCCUCGGCGUGGGGCUCAACGCUAAGCCCGAUCUCACCAUCGAGACCUGGGCCCACCAGAAGGCCCUCGAGCGGCUGCAGAUGGAGCAGCAACAGAUGGGUGAAUCUGACUGAUUAGGGUUUGGGGAAAUUGAAGUAAGUUCGAGUUGAGCUUUGAGCUUUUCUUUCUUUGUUUCUUUUUGUUUUCUUUGGUGGGGAACUAAGGUUCGAUGGUGUUUUACUUGGCCUCCGUGUCGAAUGUUGAUAUGGUGUUAGCUCAAUAAUCAUCUAUUUGAUGUUCGAAAUCUGACUUUUGCAGUGCUCGGUGCUGCGAAUUGAGCUGGAAUCUAUAAUGCUUUUGAUUGAC